AUGACGAGCCUUUCUUAUGAAUGCCCUCAAAAGAAGCUGGGACAAGAAACACAAAAAAGCAAAGAUGGUUCGUCUAAUGGGCUUGUGGUUCACUGUUGUGAUUUUCUCCUCGGUAUUCCAGGAGAUCACUGUGCCCGGAUCUAUGGAGGAAAAGAAUCAAUUCCACAUUCAAGACCUUUUAUGGCCAAGAUCAAAUACCCAACACUUUGUGGGGGGACCCUGAUCAAAUCAAACUGGGUAUUAACAGCAGCUCAUUGCGAAAUAACAAAGGACACUAAAGUAUUCUUGGAAUUCAUUCAGAAGAAGACAAAACAAAACAAGUUUUCAAAGUUAAUAAGUACAUUUCUCACCCGAACUAUAAUAAUGUCACAAAGGAGAAUGACAUUAUGCUUUUCAGCUUAAUAAACAAGCACAACUUAACAAGAAUGUUACCAUCGUCAAGCUUCCUCAGAAGUAUGGUGACCUCAAGCCAAGAACACAGUGU